AUGGACCAAGGCUGGUACCACUGGUCCUCUGAGCCGUCCUCCUCUUCCUAUAACGGCAACGACUCGCUUACCGCCGCUAUGCUAGCAGGAACCCAGCACUAUCCAGUAUACACGACGCUGCUGGCGCCCGAGUCUUUGGCCUCGUCACGAUUGCCACCACCCAAGACGUCAGACAAGCCGUACCGGUUGAGAAAAGGUACCCGAGGGCACCAGAAGUCGAGAAUAGGUACUCGGGGGUGCCAGAACCCUAACCCUAACCCUGAACCUACUAAGGUUAAGGAUAUCCCGACUUUCCCACGCUACGACGAACCUAUCCCAGACGAGGCGUCCCUGGAGGAGAUCUGCGAACUGUAUCCAAACCACCUCCAAGGAAAGUAUCUGGAUGCCUUCAUCCAAUGGACCUGGACCGGACUUGACAUAUACAACCGAAUGACGAAGAAGGCACUCCAACUGCUCGGACGCUACCGGAUUGCGGGGAGCAAGGGUCACGGCAACCGAGCCAAUUUCCUGGGCAAACGCCUCAAAGCCCGUAUCAAGAGCAUGACUGAUGACGAGGUCAAGGAGCUGUGCGAGGCGCCUAAGAUCCGUAAGGCCUUGAAGAAUGGCAGCGAUCGAUACGGGGCUUGCAAGCUCGAAGGCAAAUUCCCGAACCCCCUUGCUCAGAGAGUGCGGACGCUUCCUCAACGAAAAGGGAGGAAGAUGCUCAAGGCACUACCGGCCCAUGCCCCAGACGUGCAAGACCUGCGUGUUCAGGAAUCAAGCAGUACCUUCAAAGAAAACUUGAUCAAAUUGGACGACUGCUGGCGUGAACAGUUGAAACAUGCAUAUCGCAUAAUCGACAUCGACGCCGAAUCCCACAACGCCACAACCAGGCAGCACGAACUAUGGGUUCUCGAAAUCGUCCACCUAACAGCCACUCACAACUUGCUGCCGCUGUUCCACGUCUCCAGCAAGGAGAGGUACCUGGUGUUCGAAAAGUUGAUCAACACCAAGGCUCAUGACAGAUUCACCGCCUGCAACCCUUCUGCGUCUGGCACUGACUGGUCGGCUGUUCUCAAUACGCCUGAAGUGUAUGCUAAAUGGCAGACAGAUGCUGCCGACAUCAUCCUUGCGCAACACCAGGAUAUGGCUGCGGAGCUCGGUGAGUUCGUGGAAGGUCUGAACGACGCGCGGCAGAGCGACAAGAAAGUACGGAUACCCGGCCUCAUCAAACGUGCUAUCGAGACAACCGCGGACUUGGCAGCACAAUUUUCCACUUCAACCAAUACAGUACCUGAGCGACCUAUCCAGCAUCUUCAACCAAUGCCUCAACCUCAAGGAUAUUAUGUCUCUGCAAACAUGAUGCAAUGGUUGGAGAAUGUCUCGGCGGGAAGAGGCCCUAGUCCUGCCCAGCCCCUGCGAUUCGUCCCAGAAAACAUGGCUGGCCCAGCUGUGAGUGAUGCCAUGUUCAUCGCAGAUGCUGUCCUGCAGAGUGAUGACAGCAGAGUGAUCCAAGUCCCACACCAAGGUCUGUCAGAUAUGGCUCCUUUUGACUAUCAACGCUGCGAACUUGCCGUGGAAGACAAUAUGGACUUCUUGCUGGACACGGAGCUGGCAUAUUAUGAUGGCUUUUGA